AUGGUGGCUCUACAUAAUGCAUGCCUCUCUCUUUACUCAGGAGAAUGUUCAGCUGCGAUUGUCGCAGGAUCCAACCUUGCUCUGGCUCCGACGAUGGCAACUACAAUGUCCGACAACUUGGUUCUUUCGCCUAGUGGAAUUUGUCGAUCCUUCGAUGCUGAUGCUGAUGGAUAUGGACGCGGUGAAGCUAUAAAUGCGGUUUAUAUUAAGAGACUUGAAGAUGCAGUUAGAGAUGGAGAUCCUAUUCGUGCUGUCAUUCGCUCUACCGCGACUAACUGCGACGGUAGAACGCCUAACAUUUCGAUGCCUGGUGCAGAAACCCAAGCAAGCCUUAUACAUCAGGCCUAUAGUCAAGCAAAGAUAUCUGAUCUUUCUGCAACUGCUUUCAUUGAGUGCCACGGCACUGGAACUGUCAUGGGAGACGUCGCUGAAUUAACAGCCGUUGCAAAAGCUUUUGGAGAGAAAGGUAUAUAUAUUGGGUUGGUCAAACCUAACGUCGGGCAUUCUGAAGGUGCCUCAGGACUUACAAGCAUCAUCAAGGCUACUUUGGCCCUUGAGAAUAAGAUCAUACCCCCGAAUAUUCAUUUCAAGAACCCGAACCCGAAGGAGCCAACUACUUGGCCCCACGACCGAAGUGAACGUGUCAGCAUCAAUUGCUUUGGAAUUGGCGGCACAAAUGUGCACGUUAUUAUUGAUUCGGCUGCAUCAUUCACCGCUGUGAAUAGCGAGCAUUCAGAGAGGCCUGCGCCGCAAAAUAAGUCGAGACUUCUCGUUCUGUCAGCAAAUUCUCAGAAUUCGCUGCAACGACAAGUCGAAAAUUUGAAGGCUUAUGUAGAAAGUCGGCCGGAGGUGUUAAAUGAUUUAUGCUUUAAUUUGGGGGCUAGGAGGGAACAUCUCAAGUACCGAGCCUUUACAAUUCUUGAGCAAGAAGGAAGUAUUGAUACUGCAGGCUUUGAAACAUUUCAAUCUAUCAAGUCGCGUAGUAUGGUUUUCGUCUUCACAGGCCAAGGGGCACAAUGGGUCGGCAUGGGCAAAGAACUACUGCUUGAGUUCGAUAUUUUCCGGAAUGAUAUCAAAGCCAUGGAUACGGCCUUACAAAAGCUGAAAAACGCCCCAUGUUGGAGUAUAGAAGAUGAGCUGUUGAAAUCCAGUGAGGAUUCUAGGAUUAACGAGCCUGAAUUUGCGCAGCCACUUUGUACAGCUGUGCAAAUUGCUCUGUCGAAUCUAUUAGAACUCUGGGGCCUUUUGUCCACUGGUGUGAUCGGUCAUUCAAGCGGCGAGAUUGCCGCUGCCUACUCUGCCGGCGCCAUUACCAUGGAGUCUGCCAUCAUUAUUUCCUACUAUCGCGGGCAGGUGACAAAAUCAAUUUCUGAAAAUGAUGCUACACCCCAAGGCGGAAUGGCUGCUGUUGGGCUUAGCCCGGAAAAAGCCAAACGCUAUCUUAUUGAUGGCGUGGUUAUUGCGUGUGAAAACAGUCCACAAAGCGUGACUAUUUCUGGCGACAGCGAUAAACUUGACAAGGUCAUUACCAGGAUUCAAUCAACAGAAGAUGAUAUCUUUUGUCGGCGUCUUCGCGUCGGAGUUGCGUAUCAUUCUCACCAUAUGCAAGGCUUGACUGGGCUAUAUCAAGACCUUAUCGGGCCACAUAUAUCCUUUAAGGACGCCAUGAUUCCAUUCUACUCAAGUGUGACGGGAAAUAUCAUUAAUGAACCCAUUCAGCUAGAUGCAAAAUAUUGGGCUCAAAAUUUAUCAUCUACUGUUCUAUUUUCAACAGCGGUUGGAAGCUACCUUGAGAAAAAUGGUGGCAAUGCGUUGUUCCUAGAAAUUGGACCUCAUUCUGCUCUUUCUGGGCCUCUUAGGCAGAUCUUCGACGGCCACCAAGCAAAGCUGAAUGUCGCCUAUAUACCUACACUUAUUCGAGGUGAAGGUCAGAGGAAAAGCCUGCUGACUGCAGCAGGGAGAGCCUACAUGAACGGUAGCCCUAUUAGUUUCCCAGAAAUUAAUGGCCCUGGGAGGGUGCUCACUGAUCUCCCAAAAUAUCCUUGGCAACACGAUGUGAGGUACUGGGGGGAGAACUUAAUCUCCCAAAGAUGGAGAAGUCGACAGCACCCACACCAUGAGAUCCUGGGCUCGCGUGUUUACGAGGCAAGCGACAUAGAACCUACUUGGAGAAACUUGCUAUACGUGGAACACACUCCUUGGAUUUGGGAGCAUAGGUUAAAUAAGGAGAUUGUAUUUCCCUGUGCUGGUUACAUCGCCAUGAUCGGUGAAGCUAUCUAUCAAAUUUCUGGGUCUCAUGCAUAUUCAAUCAGGAACUUGUUCAUGAAGAGAGCUCUCAUAUUGGAAGAUUCUAGUGUCCUGGAGCUUGUCACUAGCCUGAGGCCUGUGCGGCUUACGGAUAGUGCUGAUUCCAAGUGGUACGAAUUCACCAUCAGCUCCUGUAACGACAAUGCCUGGCAAAAGCACUGUACAGGCCGUGUGAUCCCCGGUGACAUUGAAGUAUGUCGGUUCAAAGACCAUAAAGGUCCAUUCAUCAGACAAGUACAGGCAGACAAGUGGUACUCCGCACUGGCAAAUCAAGGCCUGAAUUAUGGCCCUCGGUUCAGAGGCCUCGAGAACAUUACUGCGGAUCCCAUUGACUACCAAGCCACUGCGUCUAUAGCUGAUGAUGAGAAUCUACAUGAGAGCCACUACUCACUACACCCAUCAACAAUUGACCAAUGCUUACAGCUUUUUAGCGUAGCUUUCACGCAUGGUAUUUCUCGUCAAAUGACCAAACUCAGCAUCCCCGUGUCUAUUGAGAAACUUUAUAUUAGCACAGGGGGCCUGUCAAUGGCUGCCCACGCUAAAGGCACUGGAAGAUCUAGCAGUACGGCAAGUGGACGUGUGGUUAUGACAUUGGAUAAUAAACCUGUACUGUGGAUGGAGGGAGCCCAGUUCUUUACAGUGGACGAGGAAGAUACAAGCUCACCAAGUAAACGCUUGAUAUCACGAUGCGAGUGGAAACCGAUUACCCCAUCAAUUUCCGCUGCGAACGUGUCGGGCUCAGUCCCUUGGCCAUCAACCGUACACUCUCGGCGGAUAGUAGGGCAGUUCGCAAAUCUAUCGAUUCUCGAGUGUUUCCAUCGAAUAAAACACCUCAAAGCUGAAUCUUCACACCUAGCCAAAUAUCAGCGGUGGAUUAUAUCCCAGACAGAUCGUCUUAGUAAAGGGCUGGAUGAGCUAUUCCCUGAAAGUGCUCCGUGGGCAGCAGCUUCUUCUGAAGCCCGCCUGACUGCUAUGGAGUCGCUAGUGCAAGAAUUGGAGGUUGAAUCCCCAAGGGACAUGCCGCUCAUUGAUAUCUCCAAAACUCUUCUUGAUCGUUGCCCUCAAAUAAUUGAAGGCAAAGUAGGUUCGCUGGAAGUUCUUAUGGAGAAUGAUAGAAUCAAGGACGUAUACAAUGAUUUGUGUUGGACGUCCGCUUGGUCCGAUUUUUUCUCCCUACUUAGCCACUGGAACCCAAACUUGAGAGUAUUGGAAAUAGGUGGUGGAGUAGGAGCUACUACGGCAACAAUGCUACUCCACCUAGCACCUGCAGGAAGGACUCGUAUGUAUUCCAAGUACACGUUUACUGACAUAUCCCCCGGAGUGCUACCGUUAGCAAAAGAGAGGUUUAAAGACUUCGAAGAAAUAGAAUAUUCCGUGCUUGAUAUUAGCAAAGAUCCGACAAAGCAAGGCUACAGCCCAGAGAGUUUUGAUCUCAUUAUUGCUUCGAACUUCCUGGAGGUGGCCUUUUACUGGAGGAACUUUGCCCAGGGUGUCCUUCCAGGUUGGUGGCUAGGAGGUGGGGAUGGCCGAGAGGAUACCCCCCUUGUAAAUCCUGAGCGAUGGGACCGGGAACUCCAGAAGAAUGGAUUCACUGGGGCAGAAGAAGUGAUCUAUGACUGUGAGAAACCGUAUCACUAUGGCGCUGGUAUAUGGUCGCGGCGUGCAGAUAUUCUCCCGGUUAAAGGAGAUAUAUCUUUUCUUCAUCAUCCGGGGGUUCAUGAAUGGGCAUAUAUGGCAGAGGCACAGCUUUCCCAAAGGGGCUACACAGUACAUUGGUGUACCCUGGACCAACUUCCUGCCGGUCAGAUCAUAAUUUCAUUCCUUGACUUAGGUGGCCCAUUUUUCGACAAAAUCUCCGAAGGAAACUUCCGCGCCUUCCAAAAAGCUAUGUCAACUGCAGCCAAUUGCCGGAUGAUAUGGGUAACACGAGGAAGUCAGCUUGAGUGUUCAGACCCUCGAUAUGGUUUAGUUCUUGGUCUGGCUCGUACGCUUCGAUUCGAGAUGGAUGUAGAUUUUUCCACGGUCGAAGUUGAUAAGUUCGAUGAAAAGACUGCUACCGUCCUCUGUGAUCUACUUCAGGAUAUGCAAAUCUCCCGCGAGAAACCAUGGCUGGACCAAGAUUAUGAAUUCACUGUACGUGAUGGAGCUGUGCAUAUUGGCCGAUUCCAUUGGACGCCUCUGGAUGAGGAAAUUACCACGACCAACAAGCCCAAUAUGUCCAAAGGUCUACACAUUGGAACCUAUGGUCUCUUGGAUUCUUUAUCCUGGGUUGAAUCCGAAGAGCCUCCAGUUGGGGAAAAUGAUGUGAUGGUGGAAAUAAAAUACACGGGGCUUAAUUUUAGGGACAUUAUGGUGACGUUGGGUGCCCUUGGCGACACAAGUGAGAUUGGACUUGAAAGCUCGGGAACUAUUUUCAAAGUCGGUUCAAACGUCAAGACCUUGCGUGUUGGUCAAAGGAUUCUAGCUCUGGGUAUCGGUCUUCUUCGUACCAGGAAGGUGAUACCUGCAAAUCACUGUGUCCCAAUCCCCGAUGGAUUGUCUCUAGAAGAUGCAGCGACAAUGACUUCGGUAUAUGCUACCGUGAUACUCUCCCUAAUACGGCUUGGAAAUCUUCAAAAAAACCAGAUCUACGCAACUGUUGGAAACGAACAGAAACGGAAGUACCUUGUAGAGAACCAUCAGAUUCCAGAAGAUCGUAUAUUUGAUUCAAGGAGCAUCUCAUUCUUCGACGAUGUCAUGCGACAUACCAAUGGUAGGGGAGUCGAUCUUGUCCUGAAUUCUCUCUCUGGCGAAUUGUUGCAUGCCUCGUGGCGAUGUGUCGCCGAGUUUGGUCGGAUGAUUGAACUAGGGAAGAGAGACAUCCUAGGCCAUGCACAGCUGAAUAUGGACGGAUUCUCUGGAAAUAGGGCAUAUUUCGGAGUUGACCUAUUCCGACUCGGCGAGACAGAUACGACUAUGUUUGGACAGCUAUGCCGAGACGUUAUUGAGUUUUACCAACAAGGAAAUAUUCAGCCAAUACAGCCAACGACGACAUAUGAGGCCACGGACAUCAUUAGUGCCUUCAGGUACAUGCAGACCGGGAAACAUAUGGGCAAGAUCAUCAUAAAAAUGCCAGAGGAUCCAGCAGAAUUACCAGUCGCAAAAAACAACUUAAACCUUUCUCUAUCCCCAGGAGGGUCCUACUUACUGGCAGGCGGACUCGGCGGACUUGGUCGUCCUAUUACGACUUGGAUGAUUGAAAAGGGAGCCCGGAAUUUUAUAUUUUUGUCGCGAUCAGCAGGAGAAUCUGAUUCAGACAAAGCUUUCCUGCGCGAACUGGCUGCUCAAGGGUGUACUGCUACUAUAGUGAAGGGAAAUGUAGCUGAACUAGACGAUGUCAAACGGGCAGCUACUGCUAGCCCAAAACCAGUUGUUGGCGUUAUCAACUUGGCUAUGGUACUGAGGGACGAAGCCUUUGAAAAAAUGACCUAUGAUGACUGGAAUGCUGCACUCGCGCCCAAAGUCCAAGGAACAUGGAAUUUACAUAACGUCUUCAAGGACGUUUCCCUAGAUUUUUUCAUCCUCAUUAGCUCUAUAUCUGGUCUGGGAGGUAACUUUGGCCAGGCAAACUAUAAUGCAGCGAACGCCUUCCUGGAUACUUUCGUCCGCUAUCGCAAAUAUAUGAAUCUGCCAGCCUGGGCUAUUGACGUUGGGGCUAUGAAGGAAAUUGGCCAUUUUAGCCAGGAUAAAGAUUUGGUGCAGAAGGCACUUGCCUGCUCAAUAGAAAUGCUGGACGAAUCCCAUCUCGUCGAUGCUCUGCAGGUAGCCAUGUUGAAGUCAAAGGGGUCCGAGUCAGGCCAAUUUGCUAUAGGGCUGGGUACAUCGAAACCUCCUCCUGAUAGUGGUAACCACCCAUUAUGGCCAAGAGAUGCUCGAUUCACCGUUAAUAAAAACCUCCAGUGGAAAUCUGACAAGGCAAACACUACUAGCAUUGUAGACCUCAGAAGCUUCGUUGAAGACAUCAAGAAGGACCCCAGCAUCUUAGACUUGCCGGAGAGUAAGAAAAGAAUCGCAAAGGAACUGAGGGUGCUGAUAGGCCCGCGUGUGGGACUUGAUGAAAAUGCAGACGACGAGGAGAUCGAUAACAUUGCAAUCGACUCUUUGAUGUCUAUCGAGAUCAGAAGCUGGUUCCGCCGGAAUUUAUCGUUGGACGUACCACUGAUUGAAAUCUCAAAUGCAAAGACCGUCGGAGGACUCACAGCGACUACCCUGAAUGCAUUGCGCUGUAAGUAUCAGUCAAAAUCCACCGAAGCUGAUGGGGAGGAUAGCGGGAUAUCUACGAGCGAAACCCCUGAUGAGGGAACAUUGAAAAACGAUAUACUGUUGGGAACUGGAUUGCAACCUACUCCAGGGCCGACAAUUGACUGGAAAUGCGAAUCUGAGGGCCGGAUAUUCUUAACAGGUGCUACCGGUUUUAUUGGUGCGUGGAUGCUAGCAUCGCUCCUUGAGCGGCCCGAUAUUAAAAUUGUUGCCUGUCUUGUACGAGCAAGGGAUGAAAACACUGGCCUGCAACGCAUCAAGGAGGCUUUCAAGAAAUAUGGGAUUGAAUGGAAAUGCGAUGAGAAGCUGGCAGUCAUUCCGGGAGAUAUAUCCAAGCCAAAAUUGGGUCUUGAAGGGGCUAAGUUUGAUGAAUUGUCAGCGUGGACAAGUGCUGUCUUUCAUUUUGCUGCGCUGUCAAAUUUUCUAGAGCCCUAUUUUGCUCACCGGGAGGUAAACGUUAUCGGAACUUUCAACAUGCUUCAAUUUGCGACCAACAAGCGGCCAAUAACUUUCCAUCAUAGCUCCAGUUUGUCUGCAUGUGGGCUAAAUGCAUAUCUCGGCAAGCAGCGCAUUUCAGAAGAUCAAAAACCGGAGGUUGAUCUUAAGAAGGCUGGCCACCAUAUCGGAUACUCAUACAGCAAGUACACUGCUGAGAUGGUCUUAUGGAAUGCCAUAUCGAACGGAGUGCCUGCAUCUAUUUAUCGUUUCAGCAUGGUUCUGGGACAUAGCGUUACUGGUAUUGGGAACGAUGACGAUGCCACCUCGAGAAUGAUGUCCAACUGCAUACAAAUUGGCAGCUAUCCCAUUGCCCCCAAACAACGCAGCCAGUUUGUUCCAGUGGACUUCGCUGUUUCGUGCAUGUUGGAGAUUUCCACAUCACUGGAAAAUAUCGGCCAUGCGUACAAUGUGAUACAACCAGAUCAGGAGAAUCUGGUUGAUCUUCCGGCGACUUUUGAUAUGUUACGACAAUGCUGCCCCUCGCCGCUACGGCCUGUUCCGUAUGAGGACUGGCUUCAAUCUCUUGCAAAGUUCCGAGCUGGUAGGUUGAGCGUCUUUCUUCCAGAGAUGGAGGAUAAAGAGCACGAACGCCACGACAUCUGGCAGAAUAUUCACGCAGGCGAGCAUCGUUACUGUACUGAUAAUCUGCGCCGGGCUCUCGCACAUCGUCCAGAUAUACUACAGCUUCCUUCUAUGGACAAGCUCAUGAAGACAUGGUCGGCCCAAUGGAUCAAGAAUGCUACCAGGAAGGAACAGAUAGCUCUUGCCUAG